AUGGCAAACAACACGUGCACCAUGGGAAUGAUCUCGCAAGAUCAUGCCAAGUUGGACUCAGACACAAUUGCAGAUGCCAUUAGGCUGUUGGUCGAAGCAGAUCCGUCGAUAAAGGUGAAGUCUAUUAUUGCAGAAGUUCAGUCAAGGUUCAACUACACUAUCAGUUACCGCAAGGCUUGGUUAGCAAAGCAGAAAUCUGUCGCAAAAGUUUUUGGUGGUUGGGAAGUUUUUUACCAGACUCUGCCAGUUUGGUUAAAAGCAAUGACUGCAAAGAUGCCAAAGUCUCGUGUUCAAAUAAAGACGCUCCCUGUUUACCGUGAGAGUGAGGAGGUUCAAGGUGUAAGAGUUCUUCAUUGCGUUUUUUGGAGCUUCUAUCCGUGUAUAGUAGCAUUCCGAUACUUCAAGCCACUGGUGCAGGUUGAUGGCACACACCUGUACGGAAAAUAUAAAGGUGCGCUUCUAGUUGCCGUUGCACAGGAUGGGAACCAAAACAUUGUGCCUAUUGCGUUUGCAAUAGUCGAGGGUGAGACGGCAGACGCGUAG